CAUCUCUAAACGAAAGCCGAACUAAAAGGGGGAGUAACUAAAAAGUGAAAAUCAGAAAAAUCUGCUUUGAUAGUAAUUUAGACGAAAUUUGAGUGUUUAUUUCUGUUAAAAUGGAGUACGAAAGUGUUUUGAUUGUUAAGCCAGAAGUAUUUAUUUAUAAAAUCCCACCACGCGCUAGCAACAGAGGUUACAGAGCUGCAGAUUGGAAUCUUGGCGAACCCACAUGGACUGGUCGCAUGCGUUUAGUGGCCAAAGGUACAGCUUGCAACCUAAAACUGGAGGAUAAAGCAACAGGAGCGCUUUUUGCCAAUUGCCCAAUUGAUACAUAUCCAGGUGUUGCAAUAGAAGCGGUUUCGGACAGUUCGCGAUAUUUCGUAAUACGUGUACAGGAUGAUAACGGUCGCUCUGCUUUUUUGGGUCUAGGUUUUGGUGAUCGUUCGGAUUCAUUCGACUUAAAUGUAGCGCUGCAGGAUCACUUUAAGUGGGUGAAAAACCAAGAACAAAUUGAAAAAGAAAAAACAGAGCCUAAGCAGCAGCUUGAUUUGGGUUUCAAAGAAGGCGAAACCAUUAAAAUUAAUAUGAGAAUAACAAAAAAAGAUGGUUCAGAGGGCACUGCUCGCACUGGCAAAACUAAACCAUCGUCUGGUAUUUUACCUCCACCGCCAGGCGGUGUUGGAAAGAUCGCGCCACCACCAUCAAC